UAGCGGAAGUGCAAAGCUGCUGUGUAAUGCUCCGGUGAAGUUAGCCUCAGCAGCUUCUCGGGUUUGUUUCUUUUUGGGAUAAACUUUACACAUUUUAAAGAUGCCAGAUUAUUUAGGAGACGAUCAGAGGAAGAUAAAGGAAGAAGAGAAAGAUGACGGGCCCAUCAGAGCUUUGGAUGAAGGAGAUAUCGCCCUCCUGAAAACAUAUGGUCAGAGCACGUACUCGAGGCAAAUCAAACAAGUGGAAGACGACAUUCAGCAGCUGCUCAAGAAAAUCAAUGAACUCACAGGCAUUAAAGAGUCGGACACGGGUCUGGCUCCUCCGGCGCUGUGGGACUUGGCCGCAGACAAACAGACUCUGCAGAGCGAGCAGCCGCUGCAGGUGGCCAGAUGCACAAAAAUCAUCAACGCCGACUCUGAAGACCCCAAAUACAUCAUCAAUGUGAAACAGUUCGCAAAGUUUGUGGUGGAUCUGAGCGACCAGGUGGCGCCCACCGACAUCGAGGAGGGAAUGAGGGUCGGUGUCGACAGAAACAAAUACCAGAUCCACAUUCCUCUGCCUCCGAAGAUCGACCCCACGGUCACCAUGAUGCAGGUGGAGGAGAAACCUGACGUGACCUACAGCGACGUUGGAGGAUGUAAAGAACAGAUUGAAAAGCUCAGAGAAGUGGUUGAGACUCCACUGCUCCACCCGGAGCGUUUUGUGAACCUGGGCAUCGAGCCUCCCAAAGGCGUUCUGCUUUUUGGACCUCCAGGCACCGGUAAAACUCUGUGCGCUCGAGCCGUGGCCAACCGCACCGACGCCUGCUUCAUCAGGGUCAUCGGCUCCGAGCUCGUGCAGAAAUAUGUGGGAGAGGGGGCGAGGAUGGUCCGGGAGCUGUUUGAAAUGGCGCGUACGAAGAAGGCCUGCCUCAUCUUCUUUGACGAAAUCGACGCCAUCGGAGGAGCUCGUUUUGACGACGGGGCGGGCGGGGACAACGAGGUGCAGAGGACGAUGUUGGAGUUGAUAAACCAACUCGACGGGUUCGACCCCAGAGGAAACAUCAAAGUCCUGAUGGCCACAAACCGCCCGGACACUCUGGACCCGGCGCUGAUGAGACCGGGACGACUGGACCGGAAGAUCGAGUUCAGCCUCCCCGACCUCGAGGGACGAACUCACAUCUUUAAGAUCCACGCUCGCUCCAUGAGUGUGGAGAGAGACAUCCGCUUUGAGCUGCUCGCACGACUCUGCCCCAACAGCACAGGUGCUGAGAUCCGCAGCGUUUGCACAGAAGCCGGGAUGUUCGCGAUUCGAGCCAGAAGAAAAAUCGCCACAGAGAAGGAUUUCCUGGAGGCCGUCAACAAAGUCAUCAAAUCUUACGCCAAGUUCAGCGCGACUCCGAGAUACAUGACCUACAAUUAAAAACCUUUGUCCUUUUUGUCUCCGAAGCAGAAAAUUCAGUCUGGAUUUUGUUGUUGUUGCUUAAAAAUAAAGUUUAUUCAACAGUU